GAAGCGUUAAUACGUUGUGAUUGAGCCGUACGUCUUAAGAACACCUGAACAACAACAUCGUUUCACAGGGAAGAGGAUUCAAUACUUACCGGGAUGUUUUGUUAUUUUUCAUUUCAGUGAUGGCUUCUGCAUCAACUUGGCCUGCUUGUGAUCGCGCACGCGAACGCCUAUAUGGGCAGAGAGCGUCGGCCAGGUAUUAUGAACGACGCGACAGUGUAUCCUACUUCCCGCGCUCUGGCAUAGUCAAAGUUUUGGAAGAAUUCCCUCUUCAACUUAUUUUGAACUGCGAUUGCGACAAUUGUCGCCGCUAUUCAGAUCUCCAAGGCAGGGCAGAUCAGCGCGAGAAGCAUGUGGAUCGCGCUGAGUUGCUGAACCGUUAUGCAACUACGUACGGACUGCUCAUCUGGCUCAGAUAUCCAAGUCUUAUCCAUCUCUUUCUCAGCUAUCGUAAAUCGCUCGAUGAUGGGAUUUGGUCAGAGGGGAAUCUGGCAUUCCUUUUGAAAUCUGAAGCCCUUGCGCCAGAAAAAGCAAAAAUGGUCAUUGGCGAGAUUCUGGAGGGGCAAUAUCAUUUCUGCGUGCAGAAAAUUGACAUACGAAAAACAGUUUCAACUCUGUCGGGAAAAGAAAUAUUACCUUUCGAGGAAGAAGAUAAGCCUAGAGGUAGAGGAGACUUUGGGGAGGUAUGGGAGUUCAAAAUUCCCAAAGAGUACGUUGCGGAAGAGCUAGGAUCCCGUCAGAUCGAUCGCUAUGCACGGAAAAUUAUUGAUCGGCGCUGGUCUCAAGAUACAAGAGCGGAGGCCAAAGAAUGGGUGAAUCAUCUUUUCGUCAAUGACCUUAAUCACCCAAAUCUCAUGGAAGCACUUGCAGCUUUCGAGUAUGGUAACGACUUUUCCAUGAUAAUGGAGCUGGCUGAAUGCACUUUGUGGGAAUUCCUGAAAGGCGCCGGUGAUGUCCAACUUUCGUCGGAAGAGCUCUGGCGUCAAGUUGUGGGCAUGACAGAAGGACUUGCGUACCUACACGGUGCAAGUGUUAAUGGAGGCAAAUUGGACGGGAGAAUGUUCCACAUGGAUCUUAAGCCCUCGAACGUCCUUUUUGCCAACAAGACCAUGAAAAUUGCAGACUUCGGGCUUUCAUACUACAAACCAGGUAUAAGGGCGACUGAAUCAAGAAUCAGCGGAAACUCGAGACACGAAGGUGCGGGAGCCUAUGCAGCGCCACCAUCAAGAGCCAGUGCCGCAUAUGAUGUGUAUUCACUCGGCACGAUCAUCUCGGAGAUUGCGUGCUUUGAUGUGUCGAAGAAAGAGGGCGUUUUUGCAUAUCGAACGAAAAGAACAAACGACACAUUAGCAGAGGCCAUGUAUGAAGCUUCUAUGCAAUUCUAUUACCCUAGAGCGCCGUAUAAUCUGAAAGAUUCAGUGGUUCAGGAACACUCGGAUCUGUUCCAAAAGGCAGAGAGUAGUAGGGCUAAUCCGCAAGAAGAAAUUCUCGAAUCAUGGCAAGGUGUAUUUUAUCAAAAGGGAGUGUUUGAUCUCAUCGGGGAGAUGUUGCUACCAUCCGCCGAAGAAAGACCAGAAGCAAGAUAUGUUGCGAGUAAACUUGAGACCUACGUGAUCCAAGCUUCCAGGGUCGAUAGAGGAAGCGACCCCCCCCUCAUCGACGUGUGGAAAGCAACAAGGGAGGGCAGAGGGUUUGGUAUCAAUGCACCGCAAUGUCUGGAAAUCAACAGGCUCCCAGCCCAUCUCAAAGUAUCCCAUUUAGGGACGGAGCACAUUGGGUUAUGGCUUUAUCCUGAUGUAUCGGACAAGACUGUCGAAAUCCGAACGUUUCGUUCCAACGGACUUACACUGGACACUAAAGAGAUCACUGUUUUUCGAAGAAAAGGCAACCCGAUUAGAGCCAUCAAACCAGGGUACCUGAAAAGCCGUGGGGAUUAUCCGCUGCACCUACUACACAUUAAGGAUGGACUAAUAACCUAUAUCCUUCCCAAAGUAGCUGCCUUGCGUUUUCAAAGCGUCCUCACUGGGCAGUACAUAUAUCAGAGUAUGAGUUUGAAAGCCACGCAGUAUGCAUUCUACAAGAAAAGCUCCAGGAUCUUCAGCAGACAGAAUGAAUUUAUCGAGAAGAGCGUACAUGAGUGCGCCUCUCAUAUUCAAUUCUGGACGAGUCGUGAGAUCGGAUCCGAAAGCCGCAGUGAUCAGCCGCUUGACAUAAGCCUCGCCAUAUUGACAGAAGAAAAAUUAGUCCUUAUUGAAGUCACGAAUGAGCUCAGAAUACCCGAGACACGGGACUCGAGGAUGCUAAGCCUCGAAAAUUUAGGUACGAGAUCAAGCAUAGACGUGAAGAUUUUCGAAGUUCCAGAGGGCAUACCUUUGAACCUCAAGUUCAACAAACGAUCGCGGCAUAGCAGUGAUGCAAAGUUCAAGGACACAAGUCCCGAUAGAGUGAAGAUUCAUCUUGAAAAUGAUACAGACAUCAUGAUUUUCUGGCAGACUUUGAGAAAUCUUCAACAAGAAUGGAUGUACUCGAACGGCUUGGAAGUUCGGCCACAGACAGGAACAGGGGCAACACAUGCCCCGCCGCAACCCGGAACAGUAGCAACACACGUAGUCUGAAUUUUGCGGCGUCAGCCUGUCGAGCUUCCUGACGGUUGCAUUUCCAGAUCACGAUCGCAGAUUUUGGAAGGCAAGCUACGGGAGCACCACCAAUACCAACAUGCCAUGGCCAUAGCAGAAAUCGCAAGCGCGACGAUCAUGUAGAUCCAGAUAUUAGAUGCCAUUUUCAGGGUAUGUCCAUCUGGAGUCUCUUCAAACCCAAAGAAAUUCGAACCAAAGAAAGUC